CAAUUCAAAUUCAAAUUGAAAAAACCCUUUGUUCUUGUUACUAUUUGCAUCCAAUCAAAUUGAAUCCCUUUGAAUUUGAGAGUGAAAGCUGAUUCCAGAAAGAACAACAAUGGAAGUUCCGAAGGAUCAAAUCGCUUCUCUUCUCGAGAAUGGACUCUACAGCUCCGCUCAGAUGCUCGGUUGUUUUCUUGUUUCUUCACCUGCUGCAAAUGCUGAAUCCUCUCCUCAUCUCAAAACUGAGAGCUUGGUGCUACUUGGUGAUUCAUUCUACCGUGAAAGGGAGUACCGUAGAGCCAUACAUACAUAUAAGCAAGCUUUACAGUACUUCAAGAUGAUUCCCAAACAGAACAUGUCAUCUGCUCGAAGUUCAUUAUCGUCAAAUAGGUCUUCUUCUCCAAAUUCUUGCAAUAUAGCAGUAAUUAAUGAAAAUGAGGUGAAGUUCAAAAUUGCAUCGUGUCAUUGUUUUCUAAACGAGAACAAAGCAGCUUUAGUUGAGAUGGAAGGAAUUCCAAGCAAAGCUAGAACUUUACCGAUGAAUUUGUUAUUAGGAAAGCUAUAUCGAUUUUCUAGACAUAGUCGAGCUGCUGUUGCGAUUUACAAAGAAUGCCUAAGACAUUGCCCUUUUAUACUUGAGGCUAUCACUGCUUUAUCAGAACUAGGAUCUACUGCAAAGGACAUAAUUUCAUUGUUUCCUCAGACUCUAAAUAGAAGUGGGAGGGCUCCAUUUGAUCAUAUUGACUCGAGUCGUUGGCUUCAACGCUAUGUUGAAGCUCAGUGUUGCAUCUCCUCAAAUGAUUACAAAGGUGGCUUGGAAUUAUUUGCUGAUCUUUUACAGCGUUUCCCCAAUAAUAUACACUUAAUACUUGAGAUUGCAAAGGUUGAAGCUAUUAUUGGAAAGAAUGAAGAGGCCAUUAUGAAUUUUGAGAAGGCUCGAUCAAUUGAUCCAUAUGUCGUAACAUACAUGGAUGAGUAUGCAAUGCUUCUAAAGCUGAAGUCUGAUUAUUCUAAGCUGAACAAGUUAGUACAUGAUUUAUUGAAUAUUGAUCCUGCAAGACCAGAGGUUUUUGUGGCACUUUCUGUUUUAUGGGAAAGGAAAGAUGAGAAAAGAGCAUUAUCAUAUGCUGAGCAGAGCAUUCGGAUUGAUGAGAGGCAUAUACCAGGGUACAUAAUGAAGGGAAAUCUGUUAUUGACAAUGAAACGAGCAGAAGCAGCCGUGUCCGCGUUCAGAGGAGCCCAAGAAUUGAGACCUGAUAUACGCACAUAUCAAGGUUUGGUUCAUACAUAUUUGGCGCUCUCUAAGAUUAAAGAGGCUUUAUAUGCUUCUAGAGAGGCAAUGAAAGCAAUGCCUCAAUCUGCAAAGGCUUUAAAAUUAGUCGGUGAUGUGCAUGCCAGUAAUUCGAGUGGGAGAGAAAAGGCUAAAAAAUUCUAUGAGUCUGCAUUAAGACUGGAACCUGGUUAUCUUGGAGCAGCACUAGCAUUGGCUGAACUCCAUGUUAUUGAGGGCCGAAAUGGAGAUGCCGUGUCUCUACUUGAGCGAUAUCUUAAAGACUGGGCUGAUGACUCUCUUCAUGUGAAAUUAGCACAAGUUUUUGCUGCCACUAAUAUGCUGUCGGAGGCUUUGUCGCAUUAUCAGGCUGCAUUAAGGUUAAAUCCCCAGAAUGAAGCAGCAAAACGGGGUUUAGAGCGUUUAGAAAAGCAAAUGAAGGGAGUAGAUCCUGAUGCACCUGAAGAAGACGAAGACAAUGAUGUUGAAGAUGGUGAUGGAGAUCAAGACGAGACCGAACUUCUGUGAGUAUCGAUAUUCAAACGAAGAGAAAAGCACCCCUGAAAUAGUAUAUAAUGUUUUGAGAUAGGCUUAGCAGUAGGAUUGAUGACAAUCACCUCGGCAUCCUCUAAGGAAGGAAGGUUAAACUGUCUUACUACCGCAAAAGUUCACAUCAGAAAACUAAGAGUUUUAUCACUGUGAACUGUUGCAUCUGGUAACCGCAUGUAUAUGGAAUGCACGGUUAUGUAUCUGUUGUAUCUGUAAGAUAUAUGAUUAACAAUGUUUGGUCACAAGUUUAGUUGCAGUGAAAAAUACAUACAAUUUUCUUUCUCCAGCCUUGUAAAACAAUUGCUUAUUGAACUCUUAACAUUUAUUAGGUUCUCUCUUUCUUCUGUAUAACUCAACUAAAAAAAUAAUAAUGAUUUCAAUAAUUGUGCUU